UCUCUUUCUCUCCUCUUUUCCUCUCUCUCUCUCUCUCUCUCUCUCUCUCUCUAUAAUCCUCUUUCUUCGCCAACUGCCAAAAAGUAGAAAUUAAAAAUAAAAUCCCAAACAGGAUUUACAUCUACAUUCAAUCUAUCUGUAGAUAAUAUAUCUGAUAUCUUUCUCUCACACACUUCUCUAUGCAUAUGACUUUCGGUGCUCCUUUUUCAACUCUCCAUAUUCUUCCCCCUUGACGCUUUCUCUGUUUGCAGAGCCGACGAUUUCUUUUUCUUUCCCUUCUUCUCUCAAUUUUGAUUUGUGGGUAUUUCUCAUUUCUCCUUGUUUGGGACAUCUCAGUUCUGUUAUUUUAGGACUUGACUUUAGGUGAAAUUGAAUAGAUUCUCGGUUAUUGAUCAGCAUUUGGUUCCUUCCUCUGCAAUAGCGUCUGUGGGAAAUAAUGUUUUUCACCUGGAGAUUUUUGUAUCACGACAUUGUUAAAAUAGUUUUCAUCAUUGUGUUUCCUCCCAUUAAAUUAGGAUAUAUGGACUGAGUUUGGCAUUUCAUGGGAGGUGUAGAGGACACUGAACCGCCUUUGAAACGUGUAAAAUUGCCCUUGGGAGGAUCGAAGAGCUUCUUAGAAGAUUCAUCUCUUAGAAACCUUGUGAUUUGCUCUCUGGGAGAUUCGAUGGCCAGAUCUCUGCCCUCCCAAGGAGAUGGAGAAAUAGUUGGGUCUAAGGGUGUCAUAAAGAAAUCGGAGUUUGUCAAGAUCAUAACAAGGGCAUUGUACUCACUUGGAUAUAACAAGAGCGGGGCCAUUCUAGAGGAAGAGUCGGGGAUACCAUUACGCUCGUCAGUAGUUAAUGAGUUUAUGCAACAAGUUGUUGAUGGAAAAUGGGAUGAUAGUUUAGCCACAUUGCAGAAAAUUGAUCUCUUAGAUGAAAACUCUGUCAAGGUAGCAACUUUCUUGAUAUUGGAGCAGAAGUUCCUUGAGCUUCUGAAAAUCGGGCAGUACAAUGCCGCCUUAAGUACACUAAGAAAUGAACUCGUGCCUCUUCGCAUCAACAUCAGUCAAGUUCAUGAACUUGCUGCAUCUGUGAUUGCUCCUUCAAAAUGUUUAACCCUUGGCCUUUUGAGUCAAGAUAUGGAUGUUGCAAAGUCAAGAUCAAAGCUGCUUGAAAAAUUGCAUAAGUUGCUUCCUGCUUCUGUCAUGAUACCCGAGAGAAGGUUAGAACACUUAGUUGAGCAGGCUCUUGAUGUGCAACGAGAUGGUUGUGCGUUUCAUAAUACGUUGGACGUUGAUAUUUCUUUGUAUUCAGAUCAUCAUUGUGGAAGAAACCACAUUCCGAACCAAACAUUACAGAUACUGCAAGGACAUAGUGAUGAAGUAUGGUUUCUGCAGUUUUCGCAUAAUGGAAAAUAUUUAGCUUCAUCAUCGAAAGAUCAGUCAGCAAUGAUAUGGGAGGUUAAAGAGGAUGGUCAUGUGUCCUUGAAACAUGUAUUGACUGGUCAUCGGAAACCAGUUUUAGUCGUUUCAUGGAGCCCUGAUGACCAUCAGCUGCUAACAUGUGGACUGGAGGAGGUUGUUAGACGCUGGGAUGUCAGUUCUGGGGAAUGCCUCCAUGUGUAUGAAAAAAAUGGUGUUGGCCUGAUUUCCUGUGGAUGGUUUGCGGAUGGUCGUGGGAUAUUCUCUGGGAUGAGUGACAAGAGUAUCUGUCUGUGGCAUUUAGAUGGAAGAGAGCUGGAGUGUUGGAAAGGGCAGCGAACACUUAAGAUAUCCGAUAUGGCUGUAACAGGGGAUGGGAAGAUCAUUAGCGUAUGCAGAGAAACUGCAAUACUAUUACUUGAUAGGGAGGCAAAUUUUGAGAGGGUGAUUGAGGAGGAGGAAACUAUCACUUCAUUCUCAUUGUCCAAGGACAGCAAGUUCCUGCUUGUCAAUCUCAUAAACCAAGAAAUCCAUCUCUGGAACAUAGAGGGAGAGAUUAAGGUUGUGGCCAAGUACAAAGGUCACAAACGUGCUCGGUUUGUCAUCCGAUCUUGCUUUGGUGGAUUAGGGCAAGCUUUUGUAGCAAGCGGGAGUGAGGAUUCACAGGUGUAUAUAUGGCACAGGGACUCGGGGGAGCUGAUAAUGUCACUGCCUGGACAUUCAGGAGCAGUGAACUGCGUGAGCUGGAGCCCUUCAAACCUUCACAUGCUGGCUUCGGCCAGUGACGAUCGAACAAUCCGAAUAUGGGGUUUGAAGAAGCAGCUAAAUUCCAUGAGAGGGGAAGUCUGUCAAAGCAAUGAAAUUUUCAUGCACAGCCAGUCCAAUGGAAGAACAUAAGACGUGUUUUUUCUCUUUUCAAAUUAGUAAAUGUUCGUUGAGCUUUGUCAACAAAGUAAUGAAAAAAGAAUGUGCAGGUUCCGAGCAUUAGGAUUGUCUGUUGGAUCAUGGUUGUCAUAUUGCCAAAUAAAAGAUUGGUUGCUGGUUA